GCUGGCACCACCCACUGUUGUAGCUCUGGGUGACUGAGCACGCGUGGUUUGUGAGUGGACGAUCCCGGGCGCCAAGGUUAUAGACAAUUUGUGAAAUGAGUGACUCUGAUGAUGACGAUAUCCCCCGGCUGUCUUCCCACACCUUAGCAGCCCUCCAGGAAUUUUAUGCUGAGCAGAAGCAACAAAGUGACCCAGGCAGAGAUGAUAAAUAUAACAUUGGAAUAAUAGAAGAGAACUGGCAGCUGAGCCAGUUUUGGUACAGUCAGGAAACCGCUUUGCAGCUUGCGAAGGAAGCGAUUGCAGCUGCUGGAGAAGGUGGCAGAAUAGCCUGUGUGAGCGCCCCCAGUGUUUACCAGAAACUGAGAGCCCUACACAGAGAAGACUUUUCUGUAUACAUCUUUGAAUAUGACAAAAGAUUUGCUAUAUACGGAGAGGAGUUUAUCUUCUAUGAUUACAAUAAUCCAUUGGAUUUACCUGAAAAAAUUGCUGCACAUAGUUUUGACAUCGUAAUAGCAGAUCCCCCCUACCUUUCCAAGGAGUGUCUCAGAAAAACAUCAGAAACCAUCAAGUAUCUGACUCAGGGCAAGAUUCUGCUGUGCACAGGUGCUGUCAUGGAAGAAGAGGCAGCAAAACUUCUUGGUGUGAAGAUGUGCAAGUUUAUUCCAAAACACACCCGGACCCUGGGAAAUGAGUUUCGCUGUUAUGUGAAUUAUGAUUCUGGGCUAGACCAUGAAAUCUAAAUGCAGAUAGUAAUAUAAUAUGUAAAGGAUCCUGUGUGACAUUUCUCUCUUAUUAUUUCCUUGGUAGAUUGAAAAGUUAUAACCUUCUCCCCUCCCCUGCAAAGUGGGGCUCUCCCUGGCCUAAUUUUCAUAUUAAAGAAUAUAAGAUAUCAUUAU